CUUUUCAGUUAUAGCAUUGUGUCAAGGCCCGUAACCCUUGCCUGUGGGCACUCUGGCUACAAAAAUUGCAUGGAAACUUGGGCAGAAUCGACAGCCACACCGUUAUGUCCCCAGUGUCGGGCAACGUUCCAAAAAGAAGAGCUGAGGAUAAAUGUGGCAAUGGAUAAGGCAACCCAAGAUUUGCCUGUUAAAUGUAACAGCCAAACCUGCCAGUGGAAGGGCAACUAUAGCGAUGCCAACGAUCACCUCAGACAUUGCCCAAAAGUACGAGAGAGGUGCCCCAACGAAGGACGCCAGCACAUGGCAGCAUGGGAAGAAAUGACAGCAAAUGCUUGCCCAAAAGAAAGGAUCCCAUGUUCAGGAUGCCAACUGAGUGUAACCAGGGAAAAACUACAAUUCCACCGUACAUCUUUAUGCAUCAUUACCACGGUAUGUUGUAUUGAUUAG